AUGGAUAGUCAGACAGAAUUUUUGACCACAGAGCUUAACCGUCUCACCCGACGUGUAAAUGAGCUACAAAAGGAAAACAAUGUUUUGAUGGCUGCACUUGGCAGGCGCUCACACACAUUCUGCUCGAACAUAAUUGAGUUUGUAAAAACGCUACAGGGAAGUGAAAAAUUGAGUGAUAUACUGGUGCAAACUGCGGACAAAGUACUCCCGGGUCAUCAGUUUGUGAUAAGUGCCCGUGGUGGCAAGUGGGAAUUCGUAACGGACGGCGAUUGUACAGUCACGAAGAUCGACAGCAACAAUCAAGCCGCAUGCGAAGCUCUUCUUAGUUGGCUUUAUACGGGUGAACUUCUGCCAACUGAUGAUGCGAAAGCUCUAUCCGAACUUAUUGUUUUGGCGAGGAAGCACGAGCUCACCGACUUGGUCAGCCAAUGCGAAAUGAUGCUAUCCUUCAUGCUCAGGCGGGAUAACUGUGUUCUUCUCUAUGAGGCGGCUUUUGUAUCAAAAGCCCUCGUACUGCUGGAACAUUGUUUUUCUCUAUUAUCGUCAUCGUGGGAUUGCGUAUCGAAACAAGAGCUGAGCACGUUGUCAUCUAAGGCUUUACUGUCACUGUUAGAAAAGAAAACGCGAUUUCCUCUCCAUCGUUCGAUCGAGCUCGAACGCGAUGACGUGGCCCUGUUGAUUCUUGAAGAGAAUCCGGUUGAUAGGUUGUACACGUAUUGCGACUUGUUCCAUGAAAAUCGAAAUCCACUUGAACUUCACGACAAACACCUCUGUCUUGUAGUCAGGCUCUUGAUCCGGAGGCUUGGGUUCAAAACAAUGGUAAUCGAUUGCUUCAGCAAUGUGCUGACCACAGACUGUUUUUAUGCAGUAGUGGCUUCCGAAAUAGCACAAGUCGUCUGGCCACAUGGUGUUCUCCAGCGCCGUGCCGGCCACGAACUCAAAUUGUUCACACUGCUAUCACGAUGGCGCGGAUCAACAAAUGACUGCCGCUCGUUUUGGGACACAUCUGUAGAUUCCAACCGCACGUUCGUCCAGAGUCCCUUCUCCCUUCGUUUUGUAGGACCGCGUAAGAUCGCCACCUCUUUCCACAGUUCUGGGACUGUGGCAUACCGCUACCAGGCCCACUCAAACACUGGAUAUCACCCCGAACAGGGGCUUAAAUCUCGGAGGAACAUCCCGGCUGGUGCUGAGCAUAACUUGGCCCGACGACUUAUCAGACGUCAAGUUAAAGUGAGCGUGAAAGCCGACCGUGAUGUUUGGUGGAUUCGGAAAGCCAAGGUAAUGAUAGAGGCUCAGAAAACCGGGAAUGCCCAAGGAUUAUUUAAGUUGAUCCGUGCGACUGAUCCCCGGGGACCACCUGUGAGCGAAACUGACGGUGACCUUUGGUAG